AUGUCGUCCUAUUCUCGCUCGUUAUUGCGAGCAUGCUUAGUCUCCUCGCUUUCUCUGCUGCAACCAGUGUCGGCGUUUGUGGGAAGCGCAACUGUCUCAAGCACUGUUUUGGUCAUCGCUCGCGAUGCUACUUCCGCGCUUAACAGCGCCUCACUUGGUCUUCAGGGCUAUGGCAUACCCUAUGAGACCCUAGUUGUCCCUCAGGCUGGUAUUGCCAAUCUUCCCCUUCUCAAUGCCUCUGCAACAAAUGGCAACUACGGUGGUAUCGUUGUUGUUGGCGAAGUUAGCUACAACUACGACAACUCGUACCGAAGCGCCCUUACAACCGAUCAAUGGAAUCAGUUGUACGCUUACCAGACCAACUUUGGUGUGAGGAUGGUCCGCUUGGAUGUCUUUCCUACCACUGAAUUUGGUGUGGUUAGCACUGGUGGCAGCUUGGACGAUCAACCAGUCACCUUUACCAAUACAAGUGGCUUCCCUUCGGCCAAUCUCAAGACGGGUGUGCCGAUAAGCAUUGCUAGCAUCUACCAUACUCCGGCCACAAUCACAAACUCUUCGAUUGCGUGGGAGUUUGCUAGCUUUUCCAAUGCUGGAACUGCUGCAGUCAUCAACCAGAUUGGUGCACGCCAGCAGAUGGCAUGGUUUCUUCCGUUUGCGCUAGACUGGGCGCCAUCCAGCAACAUUCUGCAGCACGCGUGGAUCACUUGGAUGACCAGAGGCCUCUUCCUUGGUUUCAGGCGAAUCUAUCUCAGUACGCAAGUUGACGACAUGUUCCUGGAGACGGGCUUGUACCGUCCAGCAGGCCAAAACUACCGCUGCACGCCACAGGAUCUUACGACCCACGUGACAUGGCAGGCUGCUCUUAACGCAAGGCUGCCGGCGGGAUCUGAGUUCUUCAUUGAGAUCGGCCACAACGGCAACGGUGACAUUGAAGCAUCUGCAUACACGGAUCUAGGCCAGACACGCUGCAACCCUCCCCAGGCUAUUGAAUAUUCUGAUCAGCCUGACGGCAGCCCAGAAUACUCCAAACCCCCUGGCACCGGUGUAAACAUCUGGCCUACGACACCCACUUCAUACACCUGGAGUCUUCAAUGUGCCCAGAUUGAUCCGCUUGAGAACUGGUUUGCAGUGACAUCAAACCGCGACGCUUUUGCCCAUAUCUCUCACACAUUCUCACACAUGGACUUGACCAAUGCCACCUAUGCGGACACAUCAAAGGAAAUUUCCUUCAACAGGGCCUGGCUGAAGCAAGUCGGACUCGACGCUGCUAAGCGAUGGAGCACCAAGGGUCUCAUUCCACCAGCCAUCACUGGUCUGUUCAAUGCAGACGCCAUCAAGGCAUGGAUGGACAACGGUAUCACCAAUGUGGUUGGAGACAAUACCCGACCACGUCUCCGCAACACGCAGAGCUCGUUCUGGCCAUUGGCCACAACGACGUCGUUCAAUGGGUAUGCUGGUCUGAACAUUAUGCCACGUUGGGCCACUCUGAUCUACUACAACUGCGAUCUCCCAGCCUGCACUACCCAGGAAUGGAUUGAUACAUCAGCUGGCGCCGGCACCUUUGACGAUCUAUUGGCCAACGCCCGGGAUACGGCGAUACGCAAUCUUUUCGGGCUUCACUGGGAUCCGUACAUGUUCCACCAGGCUAACAUGCGGGUUGCGGACGUGCCAGCGACUACUAUUAAUGGCAAGUCUGGCCAAUACUCGCUACUCAUGUCGUGGCUCGAGGUUGUGACCACUGAGAUGACGCGCCUGACGACCUGGCCCAUGAAGACGCUUAAGCAUGACGAUAUUGCGCAGCAAUUCCUCAACCGACAGACGCGCGAUCUCUGCAGGCCUAGCAUGACCUGGAAGACGUCGACCAAUGGUGCCAGCAUCGAGUCUGUGAGCGUGUUCACGGCAGGCGGAAACAGCUGCGGUGCAACUAUUCCAGUGACGGUGCCAGGGUCAGUAGCAGACUCGACUGGCGCGACCAGGGAGCAGCUAGGCAGCGAUCCCUUGACGCUGUGGGUGUCUAUGAGUGGUGCGAGCAGGACAUACAGGCUCUCGUCGGCAUUGCCUCUCUAG